CUAGCUCAAGAUCAUCAUUAUUCAUCAUAACAAUCCACCAUCAACCAUAAUUACCAAUUUUACCGUUGUUGCCUUUCCCAUUUCCUUCAAUGGCGUCGACCUACUCGUAAUUUAAUCUAAUUCACUCCUCUCAUUGUCUCAUUACCCACUGAAUCUGUGGCCAUUUAUUAUGUCUGCCCACCCACUCCAAUCUCGCGUGUUGUGGGUCAUCUCCAUUUAAUCGUUUUUGUCCUCCUCCACCUUUGUUUGUUGCACUUCGCAGAUGCAGAUUAUUGUCGCCACGCCAAUAUUGGGGUUUUGUGGGAUGAUUUUAUUCUCAGAAUUCCACGUCGUGUCCCACCGUGUGAUUGUGCUCCCAGUGUCGGUGCUGCGUUGUUGAUUUAUUGGGAUUUUCGUUUGCAAAGCCAAUGGACUGCUUCUCCUCUCCCCCUCCUCAUUCUCCGCCGCCGCUGCUCCUCGCCGCCGCGUCGCCGCUCUGCGGUCCGACGCCUAGGGAUCAUAUACUCAACAUGUCGCCGACACCUUCUCACCAUCCCAAUCCUUCUUCAUCAGAUUUGGUGAAAGAAAUCACUACACUGGAGGUUGAAAUAGUACGUUUGGAACGGCAUCUUCUUUCUCUCUAUCGUACAUCUUUCCAGCAAACUAUCCCUAGUAAUCCGGGAAACCAUGGAACCCACGUACAACAAAUGACUGGAAUACAGCCAUGGGUUACAUCUGAUCAAUCAUCCCAGAGAACAAAGUCAGAAAUGUCCAAAGACUAUUACGAACAUCAAGGAUGUUUGUCCCCUACAAGUGCUUUAACUGGCCCAAAUGAUAUGAUUCCAUUUUCUACUCCAAAGUCAUCAUCUGCAAGGGUGAGGAAGAGUUCUUAUUUUAGACGACGUAGCCUGGCAGACCAUCUCGGGAAUUUUUUCAUUGACGAUGCCUGCAUUUUCCCUGAUAAGCUAUCUGAAGAUAUUUUAAGAUGUAUAUCUUCCAUUUACUGCAAACUAGGGCGACUCCGCACGAAGCCAUAAGGCUACUCAGUUUCAUCCAAUUCAUCGUUAUGCUCGUCAAGCACUUUUUCUCCCAGAAACUUAUCUGGCAGUUGGAGUCCUCAAUGCAAUGAUGAAGUUUCUGAGAACUACGAUAUAGAAGAUCUGAAACAAGAUAACGGACCUUAUGCUGCAAUGGUAGAAGUGCUGAAGAUAUGCUUAGACGAUGAGAGUUACAGUUAUGCUGCUAUAAUGCUUCAGAAAUUUAGGUCUCUAGUCAAAAGUCUUGAGAAUAUUGACCUGAAGAAGAUGAGACGUGAACAGAAGCUUGCCUUUUGGAUUAAUAUUCACAAUGCAUUGACGAUGCAUGCCCAUUUAGCAUAUGAAACUCAAAACUAUACAAAAAGCACUUUCAUCACAAAGGCUGCAUAUAAUGUGGGUGGGCAUUGCAUUAACGCUUAUGACAUACAAAGCUCCAUUUUGGGGAUAAAAUCUCACUAUUCUCCUCCGUGGCUUCAGACACUUCUCUCUCCAGGGAGGAAAUUCAAAACUGGGUUCUCAAGACAUGCAUAUGCUAUUGACUACCCUGAACCGCUUGUUCAUUUUGCACUUAGCUCAGGAGCACGCUCCGACCCUGCGAUUCGAAUUUACAAUGCAAAGAGUAUAUUUGAGGAUCUGAAUGUUGCCAAAGAAGAGUUCAUACAAGCUACAGUUUAUGUUCACAAGCAGAAAAGGCUAUACCUGCCAAAAAUCUUGCACUAUUAUGCCAAGGAUAUGUCACUUGGCAUGGCUGCACUUCUGAAAGUUGUUAGUGACUGCUUACCUGCAUAUCAACGGAAAGUGAUCAACGGAUUUCCGAAGGGUCGACCUGAAAAGUGCCUAUGCUGGCUAGAGGAAAGUUCGUCUUUUCGGUAUUUGAUCCAUAAAGAAAUAGCCGAAACGGCAUGGGGAUGAUUAUCAUCUGGCCUUUUGAGGUUAUUAUGAUGCUUAAUUUUGCAUUGUUGAAGUUUUUCUGUACAGAGAGAUUGUCAAAGAGUGACUCAGAUUUUCUUGGCUUAUUGAUAAAAGAAAUAAAUCUGUUUUGCUUA